GUAGAUUGUAUCAACGAAAAUGCAGCGGAUGCGAAACGAUUUUCUUCGAAACGGAUUUAAAAUGAAGUCAAUUGUUGCCAAAUGUUGAUUACACGCGAAUAGUGCGGACGAGUAAUUACGAACGAUCGCAUCGCAUUCGCAGAUUGAGUGCAAAGUGCAUAGUGUGCGGUUGGUCGCAAAGUUCGAGUCGACGAAGGAGGAAAGUUGACAGUGUCAUGGCUUGUAUCAGAGCGCCGAGAUCGGUACGCGGAUCUGUCGACGAUAUUAAGGCCGAUUCCACGCGUAAUAUCGUGCAGAUCUACACGGAUUGGGCGAAUUAUUAUUUGGAACGAGGAGGUUGCAAGAAAAGAGUGACCGAUUUGCAGGCUGAUCUCUGCGACGGUGUCCUUUUGGCGGACUUAGUGGAAGCUGUCACUAACCAAAAGGUGAUCGACGUGAAUCGGAAGCCGAAAAGUGCCCAGCAAAUGGUCGAGAACGUGAGUCUGUGCGUGGGUGCACUGCGGGCCCUGGGAGCGGACGUGGGCACUGUGAAUCCGGCCGAAUUGGCGGCAGGAUCAACCCUGUGGCCGAUCUUGGCCCUACUGUUCGCCCUGUCGCGCUACAAACAGCGAGCCAAGCAGUUGCAGGACAUGCCUAGACUGCCAUCGCCCUACAACAAGCAAUCGUCAGGCGUUGGCGUUGGAGGUGGACCAGGGGGUGGCACGAGCAUACCCCUACCCGCGACCGUUGCCGCUACCAGAAGAUGCCCUCCGGACAAAGUCAGACCGGCUCCGGCACCGACGCAUCAGUCGCAACUCGGUGGUCUGAAGCACGGAAACAGUGGCGUGGGCAGCGCGAGCAGUUCCAGGAGCACGAGCCCCAGUCAGCAACAACCGCAGUCUCAGCAGAGCAGCCUCUCGUUCAUUCCGCAACCCAGAAACCAGAACUCGACGAACCGACAGCCGGCAACCACCACGCCAAGCCCUCGAGCGUCCACGGUGGGCCGACCCAACGGCAACGGCUCGAGGGCCCAACAGGCCUCGCCUUAUAUCGGCGGCAACACUGCGCCAACGGUGCAGUCGAACAAAAAUUCCGUUCUAGAUAAGUUCAAGCUCUUCAACAACAAGGAGAAGGAGCGCGGCAAGGCCUCAUCGGGCGUCUCGAAACGCACGUCGAGCUCGUCCGGUUUCUCGUCGGCGCGGUCCGAACACUCGGACAGCUCGACCUCGUUGUGCGAUCAGAGCAAGAGUCAGCAGCAGGCUUGUCAAGAGUCGCCCAAGAGCCGUGCGCUCAAGUCGAAGCUACAGUCGGCUACCAAGUCGGCGAAGCAAGCCAGUCCAAAAACGGGCAGGAAGGAACAGAGCAAAGCCCAGAGCAAGAUCGCGCGCACCAAGACGCCGUCGGACAAGUUAACGGCGGCAACGGCUUUCAACAAUCCCGUCUCGCAGGAGCAAACGGACGGCAGGAGUGCCGGCAAGGUGAACGGUGGCAAGUUACCGAGCGACAGAAAGACUCCGAAUCUUCAGGAACUGGUGAAGCAACCACCAAUGGCGCAGCCUCAGAAGAUAAACCCAUCCGCCCUAACGCCGCCUAGGCAGGUGAACGUUCAGGAUACGAAAAGCCCCAGUGCGAAAAACGAGCCGCUGACGACGAAACUAUCGUCAAGACCCAAGAUGGAACUGCCGGCAAAAGUGCCGGAUCUCAAGAUUCAGCCGCACAACGUGAAACCGCCUCCGAACGGCUUCAAUAAGGACCUGAUGAUGCACAAAGCCAUCCUGGCGAACACCAACGGCAUCGUCAAGCCGUCCGAUCCGAAUGAGGAGAUGGCUCGCGAGAAUGACACCUUCGAUCGUACCCUGAGUAUGAAUCAAGCCAAUCUGUCGGACGGUAAGGAUCCAGCGGCGAUCGAGCUAAAGGAAACUGAACGCGACCAACGAGCCGUCGUCUGUCUGGACGAGAAUCUCUGUACGCCUUCCAAGAUUCGAGAAACUAGUCGAGAUAGAGGGAUGAUUCACGAGGAAGAGACGGUCGACGAUCGAACCGCUGAGAAGAAGGAGGGACCCUCCCUUCCAGAUCAUGCGGACUUGCUGCUGCUCGACGAGAAGCCCGAAAACGCCGAUGAAAGAGCUGUCAGUCCUCGCGGUAAUAAUCCUAUCACGGCGUCGCCGCAAAGCAGUAUGAGUUUCGGUAAACCGCUUCAGGGUCCGAGCGGUCCCGGGCUCAGUCCAGGUUCCAGCAUUCCCAAACCCACCGCUCUGGUGAAGGGCACUUCGAAACCGCCGAAAGCGGAGAGCUGCGUGACCGGCGUGCCAACGCCGAGCAAGCCGAAAUGCGACGCUCUUCACCGCAAGCUCGAUCCAAAUACGGUGGCGAUGGUGUCGCCGAUGCCGAGUAUCUCGGAUUUAAUGUCCGAGAGCUCGCACAGCAACUCCAACAGCACCGGCCAGAGCAACUCGAGCGACAGCAGCGUAAUUUACAGACCUAGCAGCGAGAGCGGCAGCGAGAUCAAAACAAUACCUAAUCGGAAGAUCGACACCACGUUCGAACGAAUGGAGAAGGUACUGUCGGAAAGCUCAACCUGCGGCGGAUCUCUGGCGGACGACGAGGCCGAGAUGACGGUGAAGCCCAUGCAGCCUCUUCUGCGCGGCUAUACACCUGGAGCUCGGGGCUUGCAGACCCUACCGAGCCGCACCACAGCCAGACAGUACACAGUUCUGCACUCGUCGUCGCAUCACCACGUCGUCGGUCAUCACGAUUACGCCGAUGUGGACGUCGCUUCUGGCUACCUGAGCGACGGCGAGGUGCUGCGUGGAGGUGGCAUGAACGUCGGCAAUAGGACUCUGUCGGAUCUGUGCGACGGAUACAUGUCUGAGGGCGGCGCGUCUUUGUACGCGCGCAGAAUUAAUCCUUCCUACAGCCACGAGCACGAUCGGUACGUGGGCGGCUCGCGGCGAGAGCUGUCGGGGGUGAAGGAACUGGUGACCUCGAGGCGGGUGCAGAAGAGGCCGUCGGCGGGGGUCGCGAGGUCGGAUGGCGGUGGCGGCUGCAUCGGGGGUGUCGGAGGCGUCAGUCCUGGAAGCGGCGGCGGCGGCGUCGUCGUCGCCGGCAGUCUUCUAGGCGGCUGUAGCGGCGGGAACGACGCUUUGGCGGAACUUACGAUCGAGGAGCUGGCCUCCAUUCCCGCCGGAAAUCACACCUCCGCCAAUCACACGGGACAUCCCUCUCAUCACAAGAGGGUGCCGGUUGGAGGAAGCGUAAUCGUGGGGGGUGGCGGAGGAUCGGCCACCCCCCAAGGGGCGCAGCAAGGUAACCACAAUCUCGUAUAUCGUGUGGUGGGUUCGCGACAUCCAGGCCACCAUCCGCACGUGAAGAAGUCCGACAGUUCUCAGCAAACUGAGAGCUCAGCCUUCAAACAACAGCAACAGCAAGGCUCGAACGGCUCUACGAGUAGUUCCAAUAGCCAACAAUGGAAAAAAUAUAUCGAAGCCGGCGCCGCGAGGGAUCGGGAGAGAGACAAGGAGGGCGCACCCCCUAGCCCUAGUCCCUCCAGGAGAUCACAGGAUAAACAUCGGAAACAGGCCAUGGCCGAAUAUGCGAACGGCGAGAAACCGCAGAAAAUUUCAUCGAGUACGUCGACCACCAGCAGUAGUAAGGUUCGCGGAGUGCCGCAGAGUUUCGGCUACGUGAAAAGACACAGCGCCGGCACCACUCCGAGUCCGAACGGGGUUCAGAAUGGUGGCAAGGAUGCGACCAGAACGGCUCAAGUCAGCGCUGUGCCAAGGACCAAGGUCAAAGUAUCUGGCGGUACCCAGACGUGCACUACAGAGUUGCAGGCAAACUCGUCAGCAUCCAGUCAAGGUCACCACUAUAAGAGCUACAGUCUCACCGGUCCCAGCGCUAGUCAGCUCUCGCAGUCGGUUCGCGAUCGUCUCAUGCUGGGCUCUCAGAGUCUGCCCAAGCCCGGCAGUCCAGAAUUUACCGCUCUCUUCGCGGCCGCUCAUCAUCGCGAGCGAGGUGCUGGCGCUGGGCCGACAAGCGCGUCUUUCUCACCCCGAGUGCUGAAACCGUCCGAUGGUAGUCUCAGCGACACGUGCAGCAAUUACGCUGCACCUGAUCUUCAGGGCUACUAUACGUCCAGCAGCCCCUACACCACCUCGUGGAUGAGACACAGCAACACCUACACGCCCAGCGGACGAUCACAAGGGAUGGGCUUAUGCGAAGCAGACAGCGUAGAAUCAUUGGGCUCACAUCGCGCGAGUCUGACGCACGCUCGCCUCCUGAUGCAUCAAAGAGACUCGACAGGAUCUCCGGCACCGCCUAGAUUGAACAGAAGCAACUCCAUCAGAUCCACCAAGAGCGAAAAGAUGUAUCCGUCGAUGCUCGCACGAGGAAGCGGCGCCUCGUCGUCAGUGGGCGAAGAGGUCGGGAUUGGGAUCGGCAUGGGGGUCGGUGUGGAGCCGUAUUACAGCGUUCCCGUGGGAUCGGCGGGCUGCACAGGCCAACACUGGUCUCAGCCGACAUCACCGACGCCUACGCACACCUCGCGCCAACCCCCGAACCUGUACCAGCAUGUACACAAGGACGAUGACAUUCACGGCUCCUCGGUAUCACUGGUGUCGACUGCGAGCAGCCUUUACAGCUCGGCCGAGGAAAAGCAGGCGCACGAGUUGAGAAAAUUGCGACGCGAAUUGCUGGAUGCCCAGGAGAAGGUGCACUCACUGACUAGUCAGCUCUCUACAAAUGCACACGUGGUCUCAGCUUUCGAGCAGUCAUUAUCCAACAUGACCCAGAGAUUGCAACAGCUCACAGCUACAGCUGAGAAAAAGGAUUCCGAGCUUCAGGAGCUACGAGAGACUAUAGAGAGGCUACGCAAACAGAGCGCCGAAGCCGGACUGAACAACGGACCGACCGCCAACAACGGUCGCCGUCACACCCUGGGCGAUUCCGAGUCCGGCACUACCGGCUGCACUGGCAACAACAACAACAACAACAACCACCACCACCAUCAUCAUCAUCAUCAUCAGGGUGCAUCGAUGGCCAGGCAACUAUCCGCGGAUAGCGUGACAUCGUUGAAUUCGCUGAGUAGCGCCUGCUCAGCCAGCAGCAGUCACCACAAGAAGAAGGGUUGGUUGCGCAGCUCCUUCUCCAAAGCGUUCUCGAGAUCGCGCAAAAAUCGUCAUGGCUCGGUGUCGGACGCCGAGGACUGCAAGGAGAGCGCCGGCGGCGACUUGAGCGCUCCGAACAGUCCCAGACUGCCGACAGCUUCGAAGCACGAGUCGUCGAGGGGACGCGAAGCCGCACGGAGCAACGGUCAGAAGUCGCCGGAACACGAGAAUCCUCUGUCGGGAAGCAAGAGCAGCUCAGCUUUGUACAAGAAAGAGGACGAGGAUGUGGACGAGCUGAAGAAACAACUGAGGGAAAAGGACCUGGUGCUCACGGACAUUAGACUCGAGGCCCUCUCCUCGGCGCAUCAGUUGGAGUCUUUAAAAGAUACGGUCAUCAAGAUGAGGAACGAGAUGUUAAACCUGAAGCAAAAUAACGAACGUCUGCAACGACUGGUAACCUCCAAGUCUCUCACUUCGUCACAGUCCUCGCUGCCUAGCGAUCCGGACCGGCGCUUCAGCAUGACUGAGGUGGCGUCGAGCGUCGCGGCUUUAUCGAACGGCGACGCCAGUUCCACGGCCGACCAAUUAGAGGACCUCAACGUCCCGGAACACACUGUGGUGCCGUCGAGCUCGACGUCCGCCGAACCGGUCCUCGAACAGGACACGGAUGGCAAAAGGAUCAACGUGGCCGUCUACCUUGGCAGCGAGAAGAACUUCAACUACAACCUAAUCACCGGCGGUUCUACCGAUGGUAGCCUGGGUGAGCCGCCUCAUUGCGUGAUCGCUAACGUAUGCAUCAGUAACAAGACCAGCUGGGACGCGCUGGACUCCACUGUGAGACGUUGCUUCAAGGAAUACGUCUCCAGAGUGGAUCCCGUGACGAAUCUGGGCCUCGGUGUCGAAUGCGUCGCCGCGUAUCACCUCGGCGAAGCCUCCAGAUGCACCACCGAUUCUCAGCAUCCCGAACUGUUACCCUGUGGUUACCUGAUCGGCCACGUGAAAACUAUCUACUUGGUGCUGUCGGGUUACUCUUGGCUCGCGGUAGACACUCUGAUACCGCGUUCUAUCGUUCAACGACUCAUCUCUCUGCUGACCGAGCAUCGCAGGGUGAUUCUGUGCGGUCCGAGUGGCACCGGUAAGAGCUACCUGGCUGGAAAACUGGCGCACGCUCUGGUCGACACAGAUAAUGAUACCAAAGACGCCGCCGCUGUUGCGACCUUCAAUGUAGAUCAUAAAUCUAGCAAGGAAUUGCGUCAGUAUCUCGCCCACAUCGCCGAGAGGUGCGAUUCUAAUGCUGCCGAUGAACUGCCGAGGGUCAUCAUUCUAGAGAAUCUCCAGCACGCCGCGUCCCUCGGCGAGUUAUUCAGCGGACUUUUAGGAACCAGGCAUUCUUCGUGUCCCGCAAUUAUCGGCACCAUGAGCCAGGCUACCUGCAGUACUACCAAUCUACAGUUGCAUCACAACUUUAGGUGGGUAUUAUGCGCGAACCACAUGGAGCCAGUCAAGGGAUUUCUGGGACGCUACCUGAGAAGGAAAUUACUGGAGCACGAAUUACGUGAGUGUGCAGGGACGAGGAAUGCGGAAAUGGCGGCAGUGGUCGAGUGGCUGCCACGUGUGUGGCUGCAUCUCAACAAGUUCCUAGAAACUCACAGCAGCUCAGACGUCACCAUAGGACCGCGGCUCUUCCUGUCCUGCCCGAUGGAAGUGGCCGGUUCGCAGGUAUGGUUCACCGACCUGUGGAAUUACUCGGUGAUACCAUACUUGGUGGAGACGGUCAGGGAGGGUUUGACGCUGUACGGACGACGCGUUAGCGGUAAUGGAAAUGGCGAGUCCGUUUGGGAAGACCCGGCGCAGUUUAUCACAUCCAGUUAUCCCUGGCUAUCCACGCACGCCGUACACGGUGGCAGUGACGCUCUUCUACGUCUGAGACCCGAAGACGUAGGCUACGAUGUCGUCUCUAGCGGCCACACCUCCGGCGUGGGAGCUUCAAGCGUCAAGAGUCUCGGGAGUACUCACAGCGACACCGAGGGAGAUCCUCUGCUUAACAUGCUGAUGAGGCUGCAGGAAGCAGCUAAUUACUCGAGUCCUCACAGCAACGACAGCGACUCGGUAACAUCACUCGAUUCGUCGCAUACUCGCCACUCGGAAGAUCUGAGCAGUUCCACGUCUUCAUCAAGAGGAGUGGAAUCGGCGCUCUGAAGCUCAUCGCCGAAAGGUCGAUCUACCGCGCGUGUCGACCGCUUAACAAUUAACGAUACCAGAAAAGUAAGGAUCGACAAAUCCCGCAAUUACGCAAUCAUUCCGAUCGCCGAAUAAUCCAGAGCAAAAACAUUAAUUAAUUAAAUAAACAAGUAACUCUAUACAAAAUAUCUUUAUCAAACAAAAAAAAGUUAUCAGUGAAACAUCUCUAAGAUUAAAAGCUGCAGGAGAAAGUUACGAAUAUCGUUAAACCGUAUUUUCGUAAACAAGAUGAGAGGUCGGUUAAACGUUAGCGAGAUUACCUCGUCGAAACAAAUACGAAGUCGCACGUUUAAAACUCUCUGAAGCGCAAUGAGUUUCCGAAAAUAUUACGAGGCGCUAGUUAUUUUAAGACCGCGCGAUACGAAGUACAACUUCGUAAUGACCUAAGACGAAAAUUUAAGAUGCCUACGAGAGCUGGCCUAGAUUUAAAUUUCUAUGUGCGUCCAGCGCUUAGGUGUGAUAUGUAAUUAAGUGAACGAACGGCAAUGACAAAUGUACGACGACUCCUCGCUCCACGAAAAAGAAACAAGUCGAGAGAAAUUGACUUUUUUUCUUUUUUUUCCAGAAUUCUCUUGGAGAGAGAUUAGAAAGUAUGUUCAAAUCUUUUGCAAUUUCCUUUUUAAAUUGAAACUAUUCUCAUUCGGUUACUGAAUAAAAAUAAUUUUUAUGUUAAUGGAGGAAACAUAUGUAGUCCCACUCCUUGGUAGAAAUGUUUUUUUUUUUUCCUUUAAUUUCUCUUUAUUCCUCCUUUAAUCGCAUCGCUGAAAUUUGUCUCGUAAAGAGCUCAGCGCGAUAUGUCAGAGUUGAAUGUAGCAGAAUGAUAUCCUCAAUCAAUUUCUUUUCGUUUGGUGCCUUUUUCGCGAAGCGUACGCACAAACGUAAUGCAAUAAUCUCCAUGCUGCCGUUGCAGAAUUAUAUUUUGCAGGGACGCAUUUUUUUAUUCGCGACGAAACAGCGCGUAAGCGCAAUUAAAGAACAUCUCUCGUCUAUCUUGUCAUUCGAUGUAUACAGUAUUAUGGCAGAACGAUAAGAAAGAGCGGUUUCGAACCGGAGAACCCUUAGAGAAUGGAGGGUUUCUCUCUCGUCCGACUAUUUUUCAGAUAAAAAUUAUCUAGACACAGACUUGUGAAGAUCUCGAGGACAAACGGAGGAUCGCGGAAUUUUGCUCAUAUUAUAAAAGAAGUGGCAAAACACAGAAAGGAAGAAAGAGUAAGUCGAAUGAAAGCGAUCAUAGUCUGUGCAAAAAGAUAGUCUAUUUAUACAUACUUUGCUACAAAAGCUCUAUUUAAUUAAAAAUGUUAAUAUAAUAUAAUAUAUAAAUAGUAUAUAUACAUAUAUGUAUGUGUAUGUACG